UUAUUCGUUUAUCUUUUUCCCCUUUUGCGCAUGGUUCGCGGUUUGUUGCUCGCUCUGUUAGUCUUGGGAUAUUUUUUACGCAAAGUAGCGCGCCUGGCGCUUCAAUUGAAUUGCAACGGAAAUUUAUUUGAAUUGUAUUACUACCAAUAAGCGAGAGUUCACCUGCUUUUCGAAGGAAGGAGAAGGUGUAAAAAGAUAAAAACAUACAAACAAAAAAUAAAAAACUACAAGACAAGACGCCCCAAGAGGAACCGACCGACAGCCCAUCAUCAUCGCAUUGGAUUGCAUUUUGUGCUGGACCGGCAAGCAACUGAAACAAUAAUCCCGAAAAUCACAGAGAUUACAGACUAGCCACCGCACACACAUCUGCAAAAUGGUGGACUAUUACAAAGUUUUGGAUGUGCCGCGCACAGCCACCGACAGUGAAGUGAAGAAAGCCUAUCGUAAACUGGCAUUGAAGUGGCAUCCAGACAAAAAUCCCGACAACCAAGAUGAGGCCAACAAACGCUUCCGCGAACUAUCCGAAGCCUACGAAGUGCUGUCAGAUGCACGUAAGCGCAGGAUCUACGAUUCCCGGGCCACGCUCCACAAGUCCUCCGCCAGCAGCAGCAGCAACAGCAGCUCCUACUCCCGCUACCGCAGCGGUGGAACCUCCUCCGGCUAUGGUCGCGACUACGAUUACGACUACUAUCCGGGCUCUGGAUAUGGGUCUGGAGCGGGACGGCGGUCCGGUAACCGCUACCAAGCCUUCACCUUCCGUAACCUGUUCGAGGGCACACCGUUUCACAAAGUCUUCGAGAAGAAACGUCGUAUCUACGAUGAGUACGGCAAGGAUGGCUUGGGAGACCGUGGUCAGAGCCGCUCGCACACCCGCCACCACUACAACACUCACGACUUGGAUGACUUCGAUAUAAUGGGUGGCUUUCCGUUCGUCUUCCGACCACCCGAGGAAGUGUUUCGUGAGUUCUUUGGCGUGAACUCGCCUUUUGCCGAUUUCUUCAGAGAUGCCAAUGGAUACUCGAACGGCAGCACGAGUGGAUCAAGCAGCAGUCGACGCCAUGGCGGCACCAGUGGCGGCAUAGGAGCAUCCCGCCACCAUCAUCACCACCAGCACAAAGUGGCCAAUCCGUUUGGAGCACCCAUGCUCAACUACUCGAUGAUGGACUUCUUUAUGCCCACCAGCGGCUUCACCUCCUUCUCGUCCAUGACCAGCAGCAAUGGCAGCAGUGGAGUCACUCACAUUUCCGGAGGACCCAGUGCAGGCGUUAAGCGCACCUCCACCUCAACGGUGUUUGUCAAUGGCAAGAAAUUGAUGACCAAACGGGUCGUCGAAAAUGGCAAGGAAACUGUCUUUUCAUACGAAAAUGAUGUCCUUAAAUCAAAGACUGUGAACGGAGUUUCCCAAAAGCUCUCUUCAAUAGCUAAUUAAUCAAGAAACACUUAUGCAUAAUAUCAAUAUGAGUAACAGCAGCGGUGCAUCGGCCACUGCAACAGUAACAUCAACAACAAAAACAAAAAAAAACCAACAAAGAAAAGUCAUAAAUGUAAAGCAAAACAUUAACAAAACCAAUAGGAACUCGGAUUUCUUAAAGAAUGCUUCGAUAAAUGAUACGUUAAACCCCAUUGUUCUACAUUAGAAUCUAGUUACUUUUAAUGGAAAGAGCAGUAGCAGUAGCAGCAGCAGCAUCAGCAUCAGAAGCGGUAUCCAGGAGGAGAGUAGCAUUAAUGGAGCAGCAGUAGCAGCAGAAACCAACAAAUAAUGGACCAAGAAAAAGCUUAGAAACAACAUCCAGAGCAAGCGUAUAGAGCGGCACAAUCAUCAUCAGGAGCAGCAGCAGGGAUCGAAAAAAAUACACAUUAAAUUAAUUCAAAAUUCCUUGUUAAUUAUUUUUAUGCGAUUUUAUUCGAAAACCUUCAACAAAACGAUCGAAAUUUUGUUUGUGGAUUGUUUCGAACAAAGCGCCUAAAAAUAAUUUAAAGCGUCGAUAGUUGCGGUGAAAUUAAGCCAGAAUAAAGCCAGCGUUAACCGCAACCGCAGAAACAUCCGAA